AUGUCGGUACCAAAUGUUCAGGAAUUGGUUACCUGCGACAUUUGGCCCAGAUUUUCUAACGAUCCAGUCAUUAAGUUUUCAGCCUGGGUGCUCCCUACAAUCACAGCUCAAAUGCCCAGCCAGUCGAUAUCCAAUCAGGUUGCAGAUAAGUACAAAAAUCUAGCCCUAGCCGAUCGCUCAUUUGCCGCACCCAGUAAGGUGGAUUUACUGCUCGGUGCAGACAUAUUUGCGAGCAUCCUAAAUGGUAAACGGGUGUCCGUGGGUGACUCGUACCCCGUGGCUUUCGGUUCAGUAUUCGGCUGGAUAAUAAUUGGCCCCGUCCCACCAUCGAAUAGUUAUGUUCCCACUUCACAUUUCAUCUCAAUGGUGUCAUCAAUUGAAUGUUUAAUGGAUAGGUUUUGGGAAGUUGAGGAACCAGAAACUGCCCCCGAAACUUUCACGUGUGACGGACGUUGUGAAGCGAUGUUCCGUGAGAAAUGUUCACGCGAUGAAUCCGGACGUUAUGUAGUACCCCUGUUGUUCCGCCAGUCAGUUGCGGAUAACACCUUUGCUGGAUCACGCGCUGUCGCUCUCAAACGUUUUGAGUCCCUCGAGCGUAACCUCAGGUCAGACAGUCGUCUUCGUGAGGCGUAUUGCCAGUUCAUGGAUGAAUACUUGUCUUUAGGACAUGUCCCCGGCCUCCUCUGA